ACCAUACACGCAUACACCACACAUACACACGCACGCACGCACACAUAGAUACGUAUUUAUUGAAAAACCACCACACCUGCAAUUCUGUCUCUUGUGAACAGCUUGGGAUUAUACUCAAAAUGUUUAUAAACAUACCAGACACCAGUUUGUCACACAUGACGUUCACUAGUUGAUAUCUGAGAAACAGUCCAUUGUUAUUUUACUUUAUUUUUAUUAUACAUCCACAAGUGCCAACCACUAGAGAAUACAAGCAAAACACAUUCACACUGGAAUGAAACAACGAAACAGCUGGAUAUGAAGAUUGCAAGUGAGAUCAGUCAUUUACUCUCAUCAAAACCAGCACGCAGAAAAUGCUGCCUUCCGUUGGACGAAGAAGAGCCUUUUUUUCACUCAUGUGCGAGUAUGGUGGUUAAGUUUUCACUUCCUUCCUCGGUCUGAAUUCUUUGCUUUUACUUUCGGUGAACAUAUAUACAGCAUCACAAAUUACAACUUUAGAAAAGCACUUCAAUUUACGAAGUUCGCAUAUUGGUUUUCUUUUCAUCGCUAAUCAAAUUGGAUCUAUCCUAUCCCUAGCAGUGUUUAUAUACAUGUCUAAAGACUUACACCGACCAACAUUUUUAGCGUUCAGUGGCAUCUUUUCCGGAAUUGGAUUUUUAAUAUGCGCUCUGCCAUAUUUCAUUACGCCUGUUCCAAAACAUAACUCCAAGCAUAGCACAAAUCUUAUUUCAACUCUGUCCUCUACACUAAACAACUCUCGUGUUCCCUGUAGUCAUGAAUACGAUCAACAAUCAAAACAUGCCAAUAUAGCGGGCUAUUACAUCAUGUUGGCUGCAAUGAUAUUCAUUGGCAUAUGUAGGGGACCUACAGAACCAAUAUCAACCGUACAUAUUGAUGACAAUGUGCCUCCUGUUUCCUUCAGUUGUUACAUGAGCAUAGCAGGUCCGUUAUCAGUCGUUAGUUCAUCAUUAGUAUCCAUCCUAGGAAGUUUUGUAAGCAGAGUGUAUAUUACCUUGCAAGCAACAACGCUUAAACCGAGCGACGCAGAAUGGGUUGGAGCCUGGUGGCUUGGUUUCGUCAUUUUAGGGAUCAUGAUCAUAUUCUUCUCACUUCCGUUGAUCAUAUACCCACGCCAGAAUCCUUAUGAAUGCACCAAAUCUAUCCCACUGAAGGGUAAAUAGUUUUACCACUAUAUAAACUCAACAAGUAUGUA